AUGGAUAUGGAUCUUCCAGUCACCGGAGAUAUCGACAUGACCAUGGACAACCGGGACAUUCUCGCCCCGUUUGAUCAAUGGGCAGAAGAGUCUGACUCGGAAAUGAGUUUGGGCGACGACAACAAGGAAAAUGAGGAGGUCAACGAGGAUACUCCCAAGUCUCAACCCCGUCCUGGCAAACGGACCACCUGCCAGCCACCCCCGACACCAACAAAGUAUCGUCUCGGGCCACGCAGAAAAUUGACCGAAGAAGAUCUCGACUUUGAGAUAUACAGAGACGAGACAGCUCAUGACAUCCCCCCCUGGCGCAGAGAGUACUACGGCAGCAACCUCCCUGCCCUUGGCGAAAUCCACAACGGCGUCAAGUUCCAAUACGCCGCCAGCCACACUGUCCGCCGUCAUCACCGCAUUCUCAUUGCGGCAGCCGUCGAAGCUGGGGACGAGCAGGCGGCCGACGACCUGUGGAACCUUGCCCAGGAUGAGCCCACCAAUCUUGAGCGUCUGGCCGCCGCGUAUGUCUGGGAAUUGGACUGCGACGCCCUGGAUGUCUGGCUCUGGGUCCAAGACAAGGGCUACGAUCGCAACUGGACCGAGCACCAGAAGGAGAGAUUCGUCGAGUUCCUACAGUGGAUGAAGCCACUCAUGGAGAUGGCCAUGACCGUUGCCGCUGUCGACCGCGAACAGGCAGAACAUAUAGACGAAUGGAACUGCCAUCUCAUACGGGGGCAAUUUGACAGCCUCGGCCUCACCAACCUUGACAUCACAAAGAGCAACCUGGCGCAAGUCACCUUUGUGCCCAUCGGAGUAGACGAGAACAUCCUUCACCGGGCUGACUUUACGGAGGAGGAUCAGGCUUGUAUAGAUGAGCAGUGGUAUGGGCCUGGGCGCUGGGCUUGGGGGGAAGAGGCGGUGCCUCCAUUGGAGGAAGUACAGUCUCCGGAGGAGACUGAUUGGGAAUCUGAGAAGGAAGACGAAGACGAGGAAGACGAAGAGCCCUACGAGAUUGAGCCGGGGUUUGAGGGGGAUGAUUUGAUUGCGUUUUAA